AGGCGAGAGUUGGACUAUGGCUGCCGUGGAAAGACAAAUUUCCAACAGCCCUGACUUUUCCGAUGAUGAAGCUUUGGAUCCAAGGGUACAGGGAGAACUGGAGUCACUGAAUAGGGCAUCUGAAGACAUCAACAAGCUAGAAACAGAACUUGAUGAAGCACGUGCUGGAUUCAGGCAGGCCCUUACAGAAUCUACACAGAAGUUGAAUGGUUUGGCUAAGAAGCUAGGAUCUUGUAUUGACAAAGCAAGACCUUAUUAUGAUGCCCGUAUGCAAGCUAAAGAUGCACAACUGGAGACCCAGAAGGCUGCAGUUAGGUUUGAGAGAGCAUGGAGCAUGCAGCAGGCGGCAAAAGAGAUGGUGAACCUGGCAGAGCAGGGCUAUUUCAACAAAGGUCAGCCUUUUGACCCAGCCUGGCAGGAGAUGCUCAACCAUGCCACACUGAAGGUAAAUGAAGCUGAGAAAGAGAGGAUCGAGAGUGAGGUGCAUCACCAGAAUACUGCAAUGGAGUUCAAUGCCACCGAACAAAGAGUUAAACAACUGCAGAAAGAACUGAAAAGGCAGAUUGCAAAAUCAAGUCUGUCAACACGCCGCAGUUUGUUACAACUUAACUCUCUCGCAAAUCAGCAUAGACUCGAUGUGUUGCCUUACUUUGAGCAAAAGGCCAAGUUUAAUGCUUACAUGGAGGAACAGAAAAAGAAAGUGAGUUCACUGGAGAAGGGCAUCGUCAAAGCCAAGCAGUCUUAUGGCAUUGCCUUGAAAAACCUGGAGAGUAUUAGUGAUGAGAUACAUCAACAUCGAUAUGAAAACAAAGUUCGACGUGAGAUGGGAACUAGAGGUUCAGGAGUAGGGGCUGAGUCUCCACCUCCCCUGUAUGACCAGGUUAAAGAGGAGGACAAGCACAUUGCUAAUAAAGACAGAAAGCCAAAGGGGAGUAUAGACUCUGAAACGCAGACAGACAUUUCAACAGAAUCUCAAGGGUCUAAGGUGAAAGAUUCACCAGUAACAAAUCAAACUAGGACUGUUCGGGGAAAAUCAACUUCUCCUCCUCCAAAACCUAAAAGGGAAACGAUUAAAGUUAAUGCUAAUAUUGACUUCCAUGAUGGUCCUAUCAAUGUACAUGAUGAGUAUCAAGCUUUACCAGAACGACGUAAAGAGACAAUUAGUCAUCCAAGGUUUUUGCCAAAACAUCGUAGUACAGGUAUCGUGGCACCUGAGAUUGUAAUGUCCCCACUGGCUCUUGGUGGGCCAGCAGCGGUGCUACGUUCUAAAGAUGCUACAGGCUCCCCUGGCUCUAGGGGAAGAUCAUCUAGUCAACCCAUAAUGCCCACAAAGCAAACAACAAAACCUCAACCAAAUGAACACACAUUCAUAAAACCAGCUGCUAGUAAUGGUGCCAGGCCAAAGCAAGGGAAUAUGAAGAGAUCUGACUCAAGAACACAGACCUCCCAGAACCCCAGUAAUAGCCAGUCUAUGGACCUCUUAAGUCCAUCUUCUAACAGUCAAGAUGGAGACUCUUCUGAUGCGGAAAGUAUUACAAGCUGCCCCAUGUUGGAUGAUGAACAGAUUGAGAGUUUGAUGAAUGACUUCAAAGAUCUGCCUCCAGUGAGUCCAUUUGAGGAAACCAAUAUUGAGAAAAAACGUCGUAGUCUCACGAUUCCAAAACGUCUAAGCUACCUCCAACCAUAUAUGUCAUUUAAUCACGAACUUGCAGAAGACCCAUCACAGGACAGCCAAUUAAAUGUUACGAAAGACUUUUCCUCAGAGCAAUGUGAGGACUUAUUGGAAUGUGCGAGUAAUACAAGCUUUACAAGUCAGCAGAGUGACCUCAGUAUGUUGAGUGGAAUAAGAAGCGCAUCUCAAACACCCAUUAAGGGGAAUUCUUUAGAUUUCCGGAAUAAACGAAGCAUAUCGGAAUGUGACAGCCACGACUCUGAAGGAAAUAAUGACAUGAAAAACUGUGAUAAUACCAAUAAAGUCAUAAAUGAGGCCAUUAACAAAUUGAAACCAGUCAAUAAUAAUAUGAAGUCAAUGUCUGGUGAGGACUGUGAUACAGCAGAUGCAAUAUAUGAAAAACCCAGUAGUAUUAAAAAGGCAACUAAUGUUGACAAAGCAGAAAAUACACAAGUUGACGAUGGACAUUCAACAAGUGAGGAUUGUGACUCUGGCAUUACAGUUGACAAAGAUAAUGUUCAUGCUGAUGACAUUACAACCGAUAAUAAGAGAGAUGUUCAUAGGAUAGGUAUAGAGGAUGUUAAAGUAGAAUUGAAGAAUGUCUAAUGUAGAGGAUACUUACAAUCAAACUUAAUAACUUAGUAUCAAUAUUUUCUGAAUGUGCAACGUAGCUGAAAAGAAAUCAUUAUUUCAUUGGUUGUCCAUUUGAUAAGCCAUGUUGAUCAUGUAAGAAUUUACUAACUAAUUCUUGACAUGAAAUAUUAAAGAGAUAAUUGCAUUUAGGCAUCUGGGGUCCAUUAACAGAAGCUUUCUAAAGCUAGGAAUUCCUGAAGUCCAUUGUUCUCCAACUGUGAUGUCAUUAUAUCCAUGGUAACUACAACUGAUUUACGAAUUCGUAACUUUAUGAACUUUCUUUCAAUGACCCC